UAGAGUUAACAUAUACAACCAACGCACUCUGCCACUUCUGCUAGACGCUUAAUCGAACAUAUAAGUUUUCGAUAAAAUCAUGCUUAGACUGCUCUCAGCUUCGCCAUGGGAACAUUUAGGCUCCUUGAAGUAUCUUCUAUACGCACCUUUCCUCAUGAUAGCUAUCUUAUCGGAUUCAGAGGAUAAAAACAUGACCUGGUUCCAUCACAUUCUCAUCAUAUGUGCACUAAGAGCUACCAUUUACACAUUCUGGACCUCUUACUGCAAUAUGUAUUUUCUCAACCGAAACCGCCGCAUCAUUCAAGAAGGUGUGGACUUCAAGCAGAUUGAUAAAGAAUGGCAUUGGGAUAAUCUCCUAAUCCUUCAGAGUAUGAUAGCUUAUCUGGGAUUUUACAUGAGCCCUAUGCUAAGAAAUCUUCUUCCAGUAUGGGACACCAGAGGCUUCAUUGCUAUUAUGAUACUUCACAUGGCAGUUUCAGAACCUCUAUACUAUUUGGCUCAUAAAUGUUUCCAUGGAAACUAUCUUUUCAGCAAAUUUCAUUCUUUCCACCAUUCCUCGCCCAUCCCCCAACCGUUCACUGCGGCUAGUGCAACCUAUUUGGAGCAACUUCUAUUGACUGCAGUGAUGGGAAUUCCCAUCCUCGGGUCGCGCUUGAUUGGAUGUGGAUCCAUUAGCGCGAUUUAUGUUUACAUUUUAAGCUUUGAUUUCCUGAGAUGUUUGGGUCAUUGCAAUGUGGAAGUGAUUCCUCAUCAGAUAUUUGACACCUUCCCUUUCUUCAAAUAUCUUCUCUAUACUCCAACAUAUCACAGCAUACACCAUACAGAAAUGGGUUGCAAUUAUUGCCUCUUCAUGCCUCUCUAUGAUGCAUUAGGCAAUACCUUAAAUAACAAGUCAUGGGAGCUACACAGGACAAUGAGCUUAGAUUCUGGUAAAAAUAGAAGUGUACCAAAUUUCGUGUUCUUGGCUCAUGUUGUGGACAUAACAUCUUCCUUACAUGUACCAUUCAUGUUCCCGUCCGUAGCAUCCAUGCCUUAUACGUUUCGAUUUUUCAUGCUCCCGUUGUGGCCAGUAGCAUUUGUAGUAAUGCUACUGAUGUGGGCAAAAUCCAAGGUUUUCUUGAUCUCGUUCUACAAUCUCAGGGGCAAGUUACACCAGACAUGGGCGGUUCCUCGGUUUGGUUUUCAGUACUUCUUGCCAUUUGCUAAAAGAGGAAUUAAUAAGCAAAUCGAAGAUGCCAUUCUGAGAGCUGAUAAACUGGGGGUUAAAGUAAUUAGCCUCGCUGCUUUAAAUAAGAAUGAGGCUCUGAAUGGAGGUGGUAUGCUCUUUGUGAACAAGCAUCCUGAUCUUAAAGUUAGAGUCGUCCACGGGAAUACCUUGACAGCUGCGGUAACUCUAAAUGAGAUCAACGAGGAUGUACAAGAAGUAUUCUUGACUGGAGCCACUUCAAAGCUUGGUAGAGCCAUUGCACUUUACCUAUGUAGACGCAAAAUACGAGUUCUGAUGUACACCUCUUCACCGGAUAGAUUUCAGAAGAUUCAGAAAGAAGCCCCAGCCGAUUGUCAGAAAUAUUUGGUCCUAGUGACCAAGUACCAAGCAGCCAAACAUUGCAAGACAUGGAUUGUUGGAAAGUGGAUCACUGCAAAAGAACAAAACUGGGCACCACCAGGAACACAUUUUCAUCAGUUCGUAGUGCCACCAAUAUUCACAUUCCGAAAGGACUGCACCUACGGUGAUCUUGCAGCCAUGAGACUGCCUGAAGACGUCCAAGGCAUAGGAUCUUGCGAGUAUACUAUGGAGAGAGGAGUAGUCCAUGCCUGCCAUGCUGGUGGUGCAGUUCACCACUUAGAGGGCUGGACUCAUCAUGAAGUUGGAGCUCUUGAUGUAGAUAGAAUUGACAUAGUUUGGGAAGCUGCAUUAAAGCAUGGCUUCAGGCCAGUCUCGAACAGAAACAACAUUUCCCCGAAACAAAUUCAACUGUGAAGAUUAAAAAAAAGAAAGUAAAUAAUGAAUAUACAACAAGCACAGAUCGAUCAUGAUGAAUUUUUUUCUUUUUUUCUCUAGUCUGCAUUGUUGGUCUGAAGUUGUACUCAUAAUUGACAUUUUUGUUGUAUGAUAUUGUUACCUCACAUUGAUCAAUAUAUACAGGAAAGCUGAACAUAAAAAAUACACAGGGUGUCAGAUUUUACAACAA